AUGCCCCCAAGAACAUCCAAUAAAGUUAAAGUUUAUGUUCGCACACGGCCAACGAAUAAUUUUGCCUCGGAUAUCAUAUCGUUUGGCCACGACAAUCGUACUGUCACAGUUCAUCGAAAUCAAUUGGCAAAUGCUGUUGUUGAUAAUAAAGUAACCGACUGGAGUUUUCAUCUGGACGGAAUAUUUCAUAAUGCUAGUCAAGAAGAAAUAUUUGAUACUGUAGCAAAAGAUGUUGUUGAUCGCAGUUUAGAUGGAUACAAUGGCACACUUAUGUGUUAUGGACAAACAGGAGCUGGGAAAACACACACAAUGACAGGUUUUGCUGAAAAUUAUCAAAAUCGUGGCAUAAUACCUCGGGCACUUCAACAUAUUUAUCAAGAAAUCAAUUCAAGACAAGAUUAUUCAUAUUCCAUACGAAUUGCCUAUUUGGAAAUCUACAAUGAUCAAAUGUGUGAUUUAUUACGAACAUUAAAUACACCAAAUGAUUAUGCUCAGCAACAAUUAAGCAUUGGAGAAGACAGAGGGCUUAUUUACGUAAAAGGAUUGUCUUAUCGGAUUGCCAAUACUGAAGAAGAAGCACUUAAUCUCUUGUUUGAAGUAUGUGAAAUAAUGAUCAAUAUGUGUCUUCCUUAUAAAAAAUUUCUUCUUUUACGUAAGGGUGAAACGAAUCGUGCCAUUGGCCAACAUAUUCUUAAUAAACAAUCAUCUCGUUCCCAUUGUAUAUUCACAUUAUUGAUCGAAUGUCGUUCAAUAUUAGCUUCAGAUGAAAAAUAUACCGUGUCAAAAUUGAAUUUAGUUGAUUUAGCAGGUUCAGAACGUCUGGCAAAAACGAAUUCACAAGGUGUCACUCAACGAGAAGCAACAUUCAUUAAUAAAUCAUUAUCAUUUCUUGAACAAGCUGUGCUGAAUUUAUCUGAUAAGAAAACAAAUUUUUUGCAUUUUCGUAGUAGUAAAUUGACACAUGCACUAAAAGAUAGUAUUGGUGGACGAUGCAAUACGGUCAUGAUAGCGAAUAUAUGGCCAGAAACACAACAUUUAGAGGAAACGAAAGCAGUUGAAAAUUAUAAAAAGGAAAAUAAAUAUCUUCGUGAAGAAUUAGCAUUACACGAUACAUUACAUGGAAAUAGAAGUGGAAUUUCAUACGAACCAUUAUCCGAACAACAAUUAUACGAAAUUGAAAAUCAAUGUCGACGAUUUAUUGAUGGAUCACUAGACGAGGUUGAAAUAAAAAAUGUACGACAAGUUCAAGCUGUAUUUAACACAUUGAAAAAUAUUUGCAAAACAACAGACAAAGAAGUCGAGAAGAAAUAUCGCGAGCGUUAUGUUCUCAUCGAUAAGAACGAAUAUGAUCAAACAGAUGGACAAAAGAUUCCGGGACCGAGUCAGAGUGGUGCCGGACUAACAGGCGAGUUAGAUGGACAAAAUUUUGGUAUUGGAAAUGCACCAAAAGAUUCUCGUGCUAGUAAAGAACAAUUGUUAAAAAUGACAAGAAACAAACGUGCCGCAAAAGCAGUACCAAGGUGUGUAUUAAACUAAAUUCCUCAUAAAUUCUAACUUUUAUUAAGAACAACCCCCAUCCGAUUUUUUUCCGUCAGCUUGUAGAGCACAGUCUGAAGUCCUGAAAUAUAUAUCUUGACUUCUAGGACUAAAAAUGUUUUUAACAGUAAUUUAAGGCUAGUUUCGUCCAAAGCAAGCAUUUUGGAACAAAACUCUGGGUACAAGAGUUGUUCAGAAUCAAAUUUCGGAGAGCUUUCUUUCAAAGCUUUCGUGUUUUAUUUCAAAUUUUUCUCUUUUCUUAUUUUGAAAAAUCUUAAUAUUUAAUUUAAAAACAAAAAAACGCGAACUUUGAAAAAAAAGCUGUCGUCGGAGACUCCGAAAUUCGAUUCUGAACAACUCUUGUACCCAGAGUUUUGCUUCAAAAUGCUUGCUUCGGGCGAAACUAGCCGUUCAAAAACCUUUUCUCGGUCAAACUAGCGAAACUUUCAAAUGUUCAGUUUUCUCUGCAAAUUUUCCCAGUUUGUAGAAAAUUUUGUUAAAUUUUGCAGUUCGGAGCCAUUUCUAAAAAAGUUCUUGCUCGUUCUCCAUUCAUAAUGAAAAUUUGGUCCUUGCAUAGAUCAAAAGGGAAAUGUGUGAAGAUUAUUGAGUACAAAAGAAAUCUAAAACUUUUUUCCUUUUCUCUCUGUUAUUAACUAAUGAUGAAUGCUGCUAAUUCACGUUAAUUUUUCAUAUCCUACUUGGUUAAAAUCUUAUUUGUAAAAUAACGACUUAACGACAAAAAUUCAAGCAAUACCUCAACUGAUAGAGAAUUUGACGGGUCAGAAGACAGAUUGUUGGAACUUGUUUGUAUUUCAUUAAAAUAUUCAAUAUAGUAUUUAUUGUCAAAAAAAAAUCGAUAACUAUUGAAUUUACUGCUGUUGGGCAAAAACAGAAGCAUAAAAAACGUUCAAAGAACAAAGUUCUUUAAAAUCUGCUUUGAUGUUCGAGUGAUUGAUUUUAGAUAGUCUACCUUCUAACCCUUAAAAUUCUCUAUCAGAUGAGCUAUUGCUUCGAUUUUUUCCUUCAUUCGUUAUUUUACAAAUAAGGUUUUAACCGAGUAGGAUAUUCGCUAGUUUUUGACCGAGAAAACGUUUUUGAACAGUAUUUUACGGCUAGUUUCGCCCGAAGCAAGCAUUUUGGAGCAAAACUCUGGGUACAAGAGUUGUUCAGAAUCGAAUUUUGGAGUCUUUGACGAGAGCUAUUUUUUUAAAGUUCUCGUUUUUUUGUUUGUAAAUUAAAUUUUAAGAUUUUCCAAAAUAAGAAAAGAGAAAAGUUUGAAACUUGGUUCUAAUCGUUCACCAACUAUUACAAAUCAUACGGUGCUUCCAAUUAUUUGUGCUUGCUACAUAUAAUUAACUAUUUUGUUAACUCUCUUUAUUAACAAACGUCGACUCAAUCGAUUAGUCCUACAUAUCUUCCAAUGUUAAUUUUGUUAUCUAGAAUGAUAUAAAAUAAUUUUUUACUCUCAUCCUACUCAAAUCCUCUAAUAGAAGAUUCAUGCAUUCAUCAUUUAUAUAAAUAAUUUUCUACCAUCUAAAACUCGUUUAUUACUUUAUCCGUUGAUAAUCUAUUCUCAUAGAAUCUCAUAUUCUUGACAUUAUCCGUUACGGACUCCCUCAAAUAGCAAGCAAUCAUUUAAUAUCAUGUUGAACUCAACCAUAAUCUGUUAUAGAAUUAGAAGAGUAUGGGGUUUCUUGAAACUUUUUUCUAUUCGUACACGGUGCAAUUACAUAUUGCAUAGAGUUAAGGUCGUAUCCUUCCAUAGAAAUGUUAUCAAAUAAAAACUGAAAAUAAAUAACGCUUCAUAUUUUCAGGUCUGAUUGAAAACCCAAGAGAACAUUUUUCUCUCAACUCGCUAGUUAUUACUGUUACUAAGUCUUGUAGAAAAAAAUAUUUCAAAACAAUACAAUAAUAAAUAUCGUGAGUACCUAUGAUGCAAUUUUUAAGGAGGGUCGUUAUCAGAUACAGCGAAGUCUGAUGUCCAAAAAACAGUUUUGAUUGUGGAACUUUGUACUGUGAAACUCACUUCGUCGAGGGUUCUCGAAAAUGAUCAUAUAUCUAGCAGAGAACAUUGUGGAGAGCUGGGAGAUGUCUACUUAGAAAAUUUUUCAAGUACUGGAAGAAACAAAGAAGCUUUUCGACAGUUAAGCAAUAGAGUUUUGUCAGCAUAGAAUGACAAACUUUAAGAAAUGUGGUGUCAUCUCACCGAAAGAUCGUGAAGAGCUGGACAUGGUCUUAUUUUGUAAAGAAUCGUUCACUCCAUCGUUUUUAACUAGAAAAUAGAAUUUUUUUCUGAAAUGAAAGCGUGCACCUUUAAAAUAACAUCAACAACGUGUCAGUCUAUUAUAUGGUAAUUUCGGCUUAACCCUUUACACCCGAAGACACUUUUAUUAUAGCUGCCGAUGAAAUGACUACUGCAUUGAAGCUUACAGUUCUUCGGUACAUCCUUGUUAUAUCGAGACUUAAGUGGUGCUGCUUUGCCGCCUGG